AUGAGCAUUGCAAAAUCCUUUUCUAUCCAGGAAAAUAAGAGAUUGUCUGUGUCUCCAAGGAAAGGCAAGAGAAAGGUGGAGGAAGGUGGACCCAGCAAGGAAGAGUCAACUCUGAGUAAAAAGAGCAAAAGUACUACUGGGAUGAAAAUCCAAGAGGACAAGAAUGAUUCAGAGGAUACCAAAAAAGAUGGUAGUGAGAUGGAAAUAGAUGAGUCUGGAGGGGAGGAAAGUUGGAAAGAUGAGGACAUGGGGGAAGAGGAAGGUGAAGCUGAGGAUGUGUUCGACCAAGAUAGUCCUACUUACAGUGCUAGCUUAGACAACAGGCAGCCAAUAGAGGAGAAGGAUGAUAAGAUUAAUGAGGAAAAAGAAAUGGACAUUGAGAAGGAGAAUAAUAAGGAAGCCAAGAAGGAAAUGGUCAAGGAGAAUCUGAGCAAGGAUAAGGAGUGUGUUGAAGAAGGGACUGGACAUAUUGUCGCUAACUGUCCAAAUGGAGAUAAUGAGCAAAAACGUGAGACGUAUAGGAAGUAUAAAGGCAAAGAAGAGAUAUUAUAUCAAAAGGCAUUUUUCUCUCACAUGGAUAGUUCAGACGACUGA